AGGUUGAAACGAGAAAGUGAGAAAUUGAUUAAGUGGGAAGUCUAUGAAGUGGGCGGAGAGGCUUUAUGAAGUCUCAGAGUAACUGUAGUCGCCGGAUUGUAAUAUACCGAUGAGUGUUUUGUCGCGAAUGAUCCGGGAUUGCUGUUUGCUGGCUCUGGGUGGCCGCCGCCAUCUUUGUUGGGGACAAUUGGAACAUUCGCAGUCAGUAAACUCAAACGUCACUUCAGAUUCUGAUUAAAAUAUUGAAUUCAUCAGGACCUCAAUAUCAUCAGAUUUUGAUCAUGGAAGCCAAAACCAGUGUUUGUGCUGAGAGACCAUGGCAAUGUGGAGACUGUGGGAAGGAAUUCAAAUAUCCAUCUCAUCUGGAAAGUCAUCGACGUAGUCACACUGGGGAGAGACCGUUCACCUGCUCUGAGUGCGGAAAGGGAUUCAUUUGGUCAUCCAACCUGCUGACACAUCAGCAAGUUCACACAAGAGAGAGGCAGUUCAUCUGCUCAGAAUGUGGGAAAGGAUUCACUCACUCCUCCCACCUGCUGACACACCAGCGAGUUCAUACCGGGGAGAGACCUUUUAAGUGUUCAGACUGUGGGAAUUGCUAUAAAAGUUCUGGAGAACUAAUGUCCCAUCAACGUGUUCACACUAACGAGAAACCAUUCGGGUGCUGUCACUGUGGGACUCGGUUUAAACGAUCAUCUCAACUCACGAUACACCAACGAGUUCACACUGGAGAGAGACCGUUCAUCUGCACAGUGUGUAAGAAGGGAUUCAUUCACUCUUCUGACUUAGUGAAACACCAGCAAGUUCAUUCUGAUGAGAGACCUUUUAAAUGUUCAGACUGUGGGAAAUGCUAUAAAAGUUCUGGAGAACUGAUGUCCCAUCAACGUGUUCACACUGAUGAAAGACCCUUCAGAUGCUCUCACUGUGGGACUGGGUUUAGACGAAUGUCUAACCUCACUGUACACCAGCGAAUUCACACAGGGGAGAAACCAUUUACUUGCUUUAAGUGUGGGAAGGGAUUCACCAGAUCAUCGUAUCUGCUGAAGCACCAGCAAGUUCAUUCAGACGAGAGAAUUUUAAGUGUUCAAAAUGAGGGAACUAGUAUAAAAAUUCUGGAUAAUUAAUGCCAAUGAACUUGUUUGUGUUAUUGAAAUACCUAUAAAUGCUCAGUUGUGGAAAACGCUUUAAAAAUUCUCAGCUGAUGAUCCAUCAAUGUGCUCUCACAAGGGAGAUUGUUCCAAUGCUGUCACUGUGGAACUGUGUUCAGGUGAUCAUUUCAACUCAUUGUACACUGGGAAGAGACUGUUCAUUUCUUUCGAGUAUGGAAAGGAACUAGCUUGAUCAUCCCACUCUCUGAAACACCAGUGAUUCCACAAGUAAUCACAGUCGUUUCAUUUUGCUCUUAAUAAUGUUUGGGAAUGAGGCUAUUUCGUCAGGGUCUGUCUCUACUGAUGUUAAAUUGACUCUCCUUUAAUCAUAGGUUUUUGAUUUUCUGGAUAAAAAUGAAUAAAUUAGCUUUGUGUUAAA